AUGACAAACAUAAACAGGAGAUUUUUACGUAAUAAUGAGGAUGUCUUUGUCACUAGAGCAGACAAAGGUCAUGUAUCAGUGUUUAUGGAUAGAGUGGAUUACAAUAGAAAAAUGUCGAAAUUACUUAGCGAUGAAUCCACUUAUUGUAGACUUGAUAAAGAUCCUAUUAAGAAGCUAACUUCAAAAACCAAUCAAUUAAUUAAGAGCUGGCGUGAGGGAGGCAUCAUUGAUGAAGCUACAUAUAGACACUUAAACUGUACCAAUGGGAACCUUUCGAGGUGUUAUGGUCUGCCAAAGAUACACAAGACGGGUGCCCCUUUACGUAUCAUUGUAUUUGCUGUUGAUAGUUCGUUUUAUGACGUAGCCAGAUGGUUACAUGAUGUUUUUCAGCAGACAAUUGAAAAGCCGUGUUCGCAUGUUAAAGACAGUUGGUAA